AGUACCGCGCCUUUAACCUGAUGUCACUCUCUACAACGCAGUUGGUCGUGAAUCACAGUGACAGGCAUCGCAUAUUACGUGUAUUAUACGUUAAUUUUUCUAUUUAACGAUAAAAGAAAAAAUGAAUACUCGCAUUGAAUAUUCUAUAUCUUCAAAAUCAUAAUUAAAAUCAUGCAUCGUUGAUUAUCAUUUUUAUCCGAUAAAAUAGGUAUAAAAUCCUUAUCAUCAGAGAUACGAAAAUCAAUAAAGUUGAAAAUCUAAUUUCUCAACUCACCGAAUCACUGUAUCACCGAAUUUCUAUUCUUUCGUAAGAAAUUAAUACAAUAUACAAAAACACCACGAUUAUCAUCAGGGCAAUUUUAAUUUAACACGGCCGCAGCAACUUCGUAAUCGUUCUCGCACGAGUUCCACGAAGAAGAGAGAGAGCGUAAUCGCCCUAAAAACCUCUAAUCUCCUAAACUAGACGACUACAUAGCCGUGGCACGCGUCUAAUGCAUACAAAGGAGAGUGGUGGGGGGUUUAGGUGCCCCUCCGUCGUGAUUAUGGGGUGAACUCUUGGUACGGUGCCCCAUAGACGACGGGCCGCCCUUGUGGAGGGGGCAAAAUACCCCUCGGGACGGUAUAUAUGCCCUAAGAGCCCCAUGCCACUUUCGCAGUACCAAAUUGUACCCCGCCUGGCACGGUCCCGCGUUCUUAUUUCCUUUUUUUUUCCCCCCCACUCGCCGUCAACGAAACGUUCGGCUAUGUCGUGACACGAAAUUUUAUCCACAGUGCGACUGCAGAAUUAUAGCGAGUUUAUGAAGUGAACGACUCUGUGCGACGAAUUCUGCGAGGAUCAGGUAAGACGAUUGGAUAGACAGCUGCAGCAUGUCCUCGGAGUACUCGUUCUGCAGCGAAGGAGGUUUCGACGAGCUCUCGAGUUCCUCCGAUUCCGGUUUCGACGUGAGCUUCGAAUCUCCCAAGCACGAGGCACAAUCGGACGCCCUGUUCCCGCCGGCGAAAGAGGAGAAACGGAAGAAAACUCGGAACACGCGGUGCAAGAGUCCGACACAGGUGCUCAGACUGAAAAGGAAUCGUCGAAUAAAGGCGAACGAUCGCGAGAGGCACAGGAUGCACACUCUGAACGACGCGUUGGAACGUCUUAGGAUGGCGUUGCCCACGUUUCCGGAGGACACCAAGCUCACGAAAAUCGAGACGCUCCGUUUCGCCCACAACUACAUCUGGGCCCUGUCCCAGACGCUCGGGAACACGGAAACUGGAGAGAUCACCGUGAACGUGGGCAACGUGACGGUCAGCAUCAGCGAGAAUGGAAACAUGAUCACAUCCUCGACAGGAAGUUGCGCGGUCGCCGCACAGAAGCGGCUCGGCCCGUCGCACGCUGUGUUCCCUUAUCCCCAGGAGAGAUUCGUGCCCGAAUGGCAGGAAUACGAUUGUUACAGCGACCAGAGCAGUGUCAGCCCACCGAUGCAGUAUCAACCGUGUUACGAUCAGAGGAUGUACGCCCAUCAGCAUCAGCUUCCGGCUCCGCAUCAUAUGGGACACAACAACAUGUAUCAGUGUCUUUAGAGAGUUCUUUUUUCCUUUUUUUUCCUCUUCUGGUGGAAGUUGAUGGGAUAGUUUGGGAUAGGUGAUUGUUUCGGGGGAAGGGACUCGAUGGACUUGGAUCGUUUUUUUGAAGAUGGCUUGGUAGAUAGUGAGGAUUGAUUACGUUGCGGUGAGGGAGAUUAGAUGGAUAGAAAGGGGUUGGUGCGUGGGUCCGAGCGGGGCAUAGUAAGGAUGAAUUUUCAAGGUUAGUUACUUACGAGGCUUCGAAGUGAAUUUGGUACUUGGCUCGAAUAAUUAAAUUAAUUUUUGUUACGAAAAUUUCUGACAAGGAAAUUGUAGGAAUGAAAUUUUUUCAACAAGUUGAUCGGAUUAGCUUCACGUUGGAACAUGAGUCAUCGUCGCCAUUGUAUUAUUGCAAUGAGUAACGAAGUGCUUCGAAAAUCGCUCGUAUUCGAUACAGUGUAACGAUGAAAUUAUAAAUGUCGAGUGCAAGUACUAAAAUCUAAUCGAAGCCGCCACUUAAAAAUCAAUACUUGAAGACCAAAGAAUACUUACACCAUUUUUAACAGAACUAAUAUAUGUCCAUAUUCUAGUGAAUUUUCGCGUAGUAAAUUUUCCAAAGUUCCAGUGACGUAACAACGUGUAUUGCAAUUUACAAAGAACACAAAUUGUGCUUUUCAUCUGCAUAUCAUCGAACGAAAGUAAAACGUUAUUCAAGAUUAGAAUUAACGAAUUAGCGAGUGUAAAAAAAAAAAAAGAAAAAAAAGAA